AUGGUAGAACCUCAAAAGACAGAUACAAAGGAGAAAAGAAGAUUCGUUGGGAGGAAGAAGGCCGACGGUAAUUCAUUGGUUAAGACCAGUAACGUUGUAAGACGAGUUAUGAAUCAAAUUCCUGAAGACAUCUUAAACGAUAAAGAUUUGAAUGAUUCCAUAAAAUUAUUACCAUCAAAUUAUAACUUUGAAAUUCAUAAAACUAUUUGGAAUAUAAGAAAACACAAUGCUAAGAGAGUGGCUUUACAGAUGCCUGAAGGGUUAUUGAUAUACUCAUUAAUCAUAUCAGAUAUUUUAGAACAAUUCUGUCAAGUUGAAACUAUCGUUAUGGGAGAUGUUACUUAUGGUGCAUGUUGUAUUGAUGAUUAUACUGCCAAAUCUUUAGAUUGUGAUUUUAUUGUACAUUAUGCACAUUCGUGUUUAGUUCCUGUGGAUUUAAUGACCAUUAAAGUGUUGUAUAUUUUCGUUACCAUUGAAAUUGAUGAAAAACAUAUAAUCAAUACUUUGAAAUUAAACUUCCCAGCUAAUAGUAGCAUGGCUAUAUUUGGUACUAUUCAGUUCAAUCCUAGUAUCCAUAAUAUUAAAAGAAAUCUUGAAAACGAUACUGAACAUCCUAUUUAUUUGAUACCUCCACAAUUAAAACCAUUAUCAAAAGCUGAAGUAUUGGGAUGCUCAUCCCCCAGAUUAGAUUCUGGACACAUACUGGCUAUGAUAUAUUUGGGGGACGGUAGAUUUCAUUUAGAAAGUGCCAUGAUCCAUAAUCCGGAAAUACCUGCCUAUAGAUAUGACCCAUAUUCAAGAAAAUUCACUCGUGAAUAUUAUGAUCAUCAACAAAUGCAUAAAGUUAGAAGAGAUGCUAUCAAACAAGGGAAGUCAGCCAAAACUAUUGGAUUGAUUUUAGGUGCUUUAGGAAGACAAGGAAAUCCUAUUACUGCUAAAAUUUUACAAGAUAAAUUAGAAUCUAAAGGGUAUAAGAUUGUGAAAAUUAUAUUAAGUGAAAUAUUCCCCCAAAAAUUAUCGAUGUUUCAAGAUAUAGAUGCUUUUGUUCAAGUAGCAUGUCCAAGAUUAUCCAUAGAUUGGGGGUAUGCAUUUAAUAAACCAUUAUUGACUCCAUACGAAGCUAAUGUUAUGAUCAAUGAAGAUGUAGAAUUUGACAAUUUCUACCCAAUGGAUUAUUAUUCAAGUGAUGGAUAUGGAAGAGGUAAACAACCAAUUCGUCAACAAUUAUGA